UGAUGAGGCUAACCAAAAAUUCUGUUAUGGAUCCUGCCUUCUGAAGGACCGUCUAUACUAUGCCAUGAGCCUAAUAAAAAUAAGACUGGGCGGAGGUCUCAUUUUGAAAGGUUGAAUGUGACAAAUAUGGGUUGAGAAUUCAGUUACCGGUCUGUGAAAAUAAAAAUCGAUGAAUUUAUUCAGGCCUAAUUUAAAGAAGGUAUCCCUUUGGAUGCUUUUGCUCACCCAAAUUCUAUUAGUUUUAUCAUAUUUUUAUUUGCAAAACACGGAAAAUAAACUGAAGCUGCAGGGAAUCUCCUUCCUUACCAAUAGCGAACAAGAGAAACCCGAAAAAUUCACAUAUCAUACACUAACGGAAGGCAAAAUAAACUUGAAGCGAUUCACAACCCGAGAAUAUUUUAUUAAUUUCAAUUCAAGUUUGUGCUUUACGGGAGGCACUGAUAUACUCUCAAUGAGGAUUUCUAGGGAACUUAACUGGCAAUGUAGUUGCCUCCCAGGCUGGCACGGCAACGAUUGUGGUUAUUCAGAAGUGUUGCUACGGGCCCUACUGGCAAAUAAAAAACCAAUAAAACUAAAGGGCCCGCGAAUAUUUCAGAGAAGACUCAUAUAUUUGUUUAAAUUUGACACUUUUAGUGAACACCUGACGGACAUUAGAAUACAUGAACUAGGCGAUAUUGUCGAUUUGUUUGUCAUUCAUGAACCAAGAGGCAGUCGACUAAAGCAAAAAAUGAAAAUCAAAUUUUGUCAGGAGUAUCAACAGAAGAUAUUGUAUGUUGAAGGUGAAGCUGAUAAUUUAUGGAAUUUAGUAGAACCUUAUAUAAGCAACUUAAGGGCGGAUGAUAUAAUUUUCACUAGUCAUAGCAAUGAAAUACCCCACAAAGAUGCAUUAAUUUUUUUGAAGUUCUAUGAUGACUUUCCUGAACCAAUCAGUUUUCGCUUAAGGAGGUCAGUCUAUGGUUUUUUCUGGCGACACCCUUCAAAAACCAUAAUAAGUGGAGGUGCUUGUACUGUAUCGUAUUUGAGAAAUAUUUUAAGUGACAACUUGGAACUGCUUGCAAGUAAUAGUUCUUCACCCAACUUUUCACAGAAAGGGAUAAUUUUGGGUGAUUUAAAUCAUACUGGAGGGUGGUAUUGUGAACUGUGUGGCACCACAGAUCAAUUAGUGGAAUAUUUAGCUAAUAAUUCACAUUUUGUACACUGGGACAAAAUGAAUGUUCAAAAGAUUGAUAUAAAAUACUUGGAGAACUUGAUUGAAGGUGGUUUAUAUAUAGAUGGCAAAAUGCAGCUUGAAAGGAGUCACAGGUACUCUGAUAAUAAUUUUGCACCAAAUUUUGCAUUAGAGAAUGAUUGGAAGUUUGACUUCUUAUUAAUAAAUUUGUAUUCUCAAGAUGAUUAUUAUGCCUAAAGCUAAAUAAGUUUUUAUUUGACAGAUCUGAUUUUUGAUAUUGACUGAACUUUAUUAAUCGACAAAACAAAUCAAAAAUACUUUGUUAAGUUUGUAUUGACAAUUACCAAGAGGUCUGUGAUAAACUACAGUGUAUCAAUUAAAUAUGUUUUCAUUUAUGUAAAUAAAAAUUAGUGAAAAACA